AAGCCGUUGUCUCCGCCGAUGGUUCACUCCAUUCCUCGUUUCGCACCAACAGCGCGUCCCUCACGGAUCAUUGACUGGUGAGAGCGAGUCUGAAUGCCUCGCAUUUCAAGAAUAUCAGAUGUCGCACACCCUGUGUAGAAAGUGUCUUCGAAGUUUUCUUCUAUUCGACGCUUUAGUGCGUAGAACAAGUCUGAUCACUCGAGGGUCAAGUGAAGUCAUACCACUCCGCUGAGAUCAUUUGCGCGCAACUCGAAUCGCAACGUUGCCCAUGCGUACGGCAUACGGUGCGAAGGUUUCUCUUGUUAAGACUGACCACCCAUGAGUAGGUUUACGAGUUUUUUUUUAAGUAAUUGUUCCGCUCGGAAUUGUGACCCUUGAUUCUGGCCCGGGACUGAGAAAGGAAAGGCAAUAACCAUAGGGCCUUAAAGGUCCAGAGCAUUUCCAGCAUUUCCCCACCUGAAAAGCUAUUCAUGUAAUCACUGUUCCGGGGGGAGUUCCAUCAACAGCGCAAGAGGGUAUGAGCCUCUACGUCAUCCUGCUGCUUCUUGCCAUACAGGGACUGGUACCCAGCUGUUGUGCAGGACACAACAGUGAAGAAGUCAGCGGCGAAGGGCCUUGGAAAGAGGAGGACUGGAGCGGAAGCAGUGGUUCAAGUACAGGUGAAGACGAUAACUUCACUGGUUUUGAUUCUGGUUGGAGCUCAGCCGACCGCGGACGCAAUGACGAGGACCCACGGACGAAUCCGAGAAACUCACGAACUUAUUCAAACAAAAGAUUCGUUACGUCGGGUGUUGGCGAAGAUAAAGGAGGGCCCCAAGAUGAUGAAGGGUCACAAUCCAAGUCGAAUGGGAGUCAAGACCAAGAAAGUGGUUACGAAAAUUUCGAAUCUAACAUGAAUCUGGCAAAUGUUGGCGAUGCAAUUGAUGUGAUGAAGAAGUUAAAGAAAGCCAAAUCAGAUCAAGAGUUUGCCAAAAAGCUUAGAUCAGGCCCUGAAAGUCUAGGCGUUGCUUUCAAAACGUUUGAACAACUAAGUGGUCUUUGGAUUUCAGUUAUGCAUAGAAUAUGGAGAGUUUGGAAGGCGAAAGGCGCUAAAGUGGUGAUGCAUUCAAUGGUUCAUGAUUUGAUUAAUAACACUGGCAAAGCGAUCAAGCGAAAAGUAGGGAGUAUGCUCAGCAAAAACUUAGUUGUGGAUCUUAGUAGCAGUGGGUGGACAACUUUUAAGGACGAAGGUUCAACAGAACCCGAUCACAGCCCAGCCACAAUUCAUAAUCAUACAGGUCCUUCAGUCGAGCGACUGAGUAUUGAUUUUAGAAAAAAUACCUCCAAGGAAGCGAAAACUUUGCCAUCUACGAAAAGAGAAAGAGCACCCGUUGAGAAGGUCAAGGUCUCGUUUUUCAGCGGAAAAGCGAAUGAUUCAAAAGUCAUACAACAAACUUCAAUUCAGAGGAACCCAAAGCGAGUCCCUGGACAAAGUAAUAAUUCUUCGUUGGCGCAGGAAACAUUAGCAGGCAGCGCAAAGCAAAACAUAACUAACAAAAAGGAGAAGAGUUCUAGAGCUGUUGAUACAAGAUCGAUGGUUGUGUCGAACAUCAAAAACAAAAACUCUACAACAAAGAGAAGUGAACAUAUUCCAGACACCAAUAGUAGCCUGGAUUCUAGAGAUAACGAGAAAAAAGCUCUCAAAAAUUAUGUGGGCGAUGUUGGAAAGAUCGAAGAAACAACUUUAUCUCAUACUGAACAUGAAGUGACGCAACACACGGGUGACAAUAAUAGUAAAAGAAACCAAACGGAAGUAAACACGAACGGUGACCAGAUACCAAACUAUAAUGUGAGUAACAGUGUCACGCAGUCACAGAGUGGAGUCGCGCACGUACUGGAAGAAACGAAUAAACAAGUACCUGUGGGACAUUCUAAACAAAGUACAGAACAAUUUAUUGAAAACGAUAAGAACUCAAGGACUAACACUGAAAGUCGAAACAACGAAACCAGUUCGACUUCGGUGAACAAUGUCACUCAAGAGAUGGUCUCUAAAAGGUCAAAUGUUGCAGGUAACAAAACCGGUAAAACGAGAAUGUUGGAAACGCUAAAAAUAAACUUCUUGAGAAAGAACAGGACUUCACAUUGGAAUCAAAAUACUACUUCCAGUUCUGAAGAGAACGCUUUGGAAACGCAACGUAAUGUAAAAUUGGAUAAUGAAACAAAUUCUAAAGCUGAUUCAGAUAAAGUUGUGGCUUCGUCUAAAUCAAGUCCAGCUGGUGGAAACGACAAGAAAAGAGCAAGUGUAUUGGAUAAAAAGAAUUCAAACCUUCAUAAACUUGACGUUAAAGAUGAACCGAUAGCAUAUUAG